UGUUUUGUGAUGACUGAAAACAAAUGUGAAAACCGAAAAGGAAAGAAGAAUUAGCCGUGCGUUUAAUAUUUUUAAAGAUUAGUGAUGAAUGAUUUAGAUCGCGAUAAUUCAACUUGUGCUGUGUUACGACUUCCACCAGAAAUUCUGGAAACAAUAUUUAGCUACUUUUCCUAUGAGAAGACCAGUCAAUUGAGAAUCGUCUGUAAGGUGUUCGACAGGAGCUGCCAGCGCAUCCUCAAUAAUGGCUACAAUAGAGCGGACAGACACCACGCCAAGUGCAUGCGCAAAGUCAAGAUGCAGUUGCCUCGCAGGGAGUCAGAACGUCGGAAUCAUCCUCUGUCGCGACACUGUGACAUCCUUUCGGCGAUCGAGACGCGACUGUCUCUGCUCGGCAUGACUUUCAUGAAAUAUGUUGAGAUGAAUCUUUGCUGCUUUAUCCCCGGCAAGGUACUGGACGAGAUAUUUCGCGUGCUCGGCUACCUGGAAACGACGGAGAACCCGCCGAGAGCUCACGAGAUUCUGCAGGAGCUCCGCGAUAUCUCGUCGAUGGCGAUGGAAUACUUCGACGAACACGUCGUUCCUAGUUUGAAGCAGAAGAUUCAGGAGGGCAAGGUUCCCCACUCCUUGAAGACGACGACGUCUGUCGUUGCUCUGCUGCCGCAGCGAGGAGGCGGGGAGAUCUCUCUGCCGUGCACACACGGACCAUCAAUGUCUGGAGUCGGUGUUUCAGUGAACGAGUCUUCCAUAAUCUUGCCAACGGCCAGGGUUCAGGCGUAUCAGUCAACCAUCAGGAAGCUGUCCGAGGAAGUGAAAGCGAUGCACAUGAAGAUAACUGGGUGCAAGAUUGAGACACAGAAACAACGAAACCAGUUCCAGGCGAAGUUGAGAGAGUUCGAGCGGCGGCAGCAGCACCAGGAGCGGCUAGCCGGCGAGCAAGCGUGUAAGAUCGCCGCGCAGGGUCGCAAGAUGGACGAGAUGAGUCGCAAGAUGCUGGAAUACGAGCAGAAGAUCGGCGACGUCGCCGCACGAUUCGUGCGCAGCGACGCCGGAAAGACGCCGCUCGAAACGGACGCCGUCGAGCCGGCCGUAGGGGCCCUAGGUGGCGCCACGUGCUCGUCGGCCGUCGUCGACUUGGACGUGUUCGCCCGCGAUAGGUACGACUCUGGUUUCGUCGGCGAGGGAGUCGGCGAGGAAACGAAAGUCGAUAGCGAGCCGAGACUGAUCGAAGAUGAGACGACUCUCGGAGACUCGGGAGAGCGCAGGAAAGUCUCGCCGCCCUCUCUGCCGAGAAGGCAAGAGGGGAGGAUGAUACGAAGGCGCAUGCUAAGGCCGUAUAAGAAGUUGGCAGGACUGAAGAGACGGACGCAUUCGCAGCCGAAAGUUGGCGAAAGUUGCUCCGCUUCGUCGGAACGGCGUUGCGUACAACCUGGAAACCAUGACGGAUAACAAACUGCAGUACAUGACGGCUGUGUGACGAUGCAGAACGACACACCGCGUAACUGUGAUACCAUGCCUUGCCGCUUAGCUGUGUAUAGUAACUGAAUGUGUAUAUCCGACAAGUCGUAAUGGUGCAUUAUUGUUAAAAAAAUCAUGACGUUAUUGCUGACAAUUUAUGACCGUUUACAUUCCUUAAAUCGUAAAAGGAAACGCUUCGGCUGUAGUUGCGGUUCAAGGAUAGAGAUGAUGUCCAGGACGGUGAUAGCAUAGGAUGAUGUUUAUUACUGGACAUGCUCUCUAUCCUUGAGCCGUAGUUGCUUGAGGUAACGUUUCAAUUGACCUCUGUCUGUGUUGACAGAUUGGGCAAUUUUGUGUGUUGAUUGAUCAUGAUUAUGUAAUAAAAUAUUCCAAAUUACACGAUAUCAUAACUAGAA